AGAAUUGAGACGAUUUUUGUUGUUGUUUGUGGGUCGAGGAGACAAUUUACAACAAUACUGUCGUGAGCGCCACCACCACAACAAACAAAUUCUAAUUGACAAGUUUUUAAAUUUGCAUGUUUUUUGUGAUAUUCAGUUCUGUGGUACAAACUUUUAAAUUCUAUAUAAUCUCCCCUAUUGAAGACUCAUAUUGAAAUUACGCGACGAAAAUCUCGGGAAAAUUCAUUGCGCCGAACAGAAAAGUUUUCUUUUUUUUUAUUAUACACAACAAACAAACGCAAGACGCAAAGAAACGCAAGACGGUGGUAACUUGGCUAAAAAGAAAGAUAGAAGAGUGGCAGUGGUGAAGUGGAGGAAUGUGAAUGCAACAAAAGGAAAGGCAAAAAUAAAUAAUAAGUCAAAAUUUGAAGGUGCGCAUUUCUUUGACAGUGAACAGAAGAAUUUGCGAGGAAUCCGAAGAAGGGCGGACGUAAGAAACGUAAAUAAAAGACUGAGAUCUGCAUGGAUUUAAUUGUGCUUGACUGAGUUUUUGAAGAAUAUAAUCCGAAUUUCGAAUUUUAGUGAAAAAAGUAUAGUUUUGAUAAAACAAUCGACAAUCCGGAAGCGAGUUACCAUUGUCUGCCUGUCUUCCGGUCGGUGACAUCGAAAAAAUAAAAACAUAUGAAAUCAACAUAGACUGCAUUGUAUACGCAUUCAUUUUGAAUUCGGAGAGAAAUACCAAACAAAAGGACUGAACGGAUCAGAAAACUCAUCCAAUUAUCGUGAAAUUCAUAAAAUUUAAUUCGAACAGUGAAAAGCAUCUUUAAUGCUCUCAUACGUCAUACCUGCUCCCCAGGAAACAUCGGCUGCGAAUGGCCGUUCGUCGAACCGAACUGAAGGCGAUGCAGAGAAUGGUGGUGGUAGUAUAACCAACAGGGAACCAGUGCCUUCUCCACCUCGUUCUAGCCUAAGUCUCAGACUCAACUCCCAAUACAUGGCCGGAACAGAGUCCCACACAACAGAGGUGGAUGCCCUGCUGGCGAAUGUGAAUGUGGCAUCUGGCCAUGAGUUCUGUGACGACGAGCGCACCCAUUUACUGAACGACACAAACCACACAUCAUCUCCGGUACGGGUGAAGCGUCAGAACAGUAAUGGCAGCAACAACAAUAACUCUUUUAGUUUGAACAACAAUGCCAAUAACACCAGCAGCAAUACCGACGUCACCACUAACAAUAGAAGAUGUAGUGGCGAUGGUGGAGGAGGUGGCGGUGGCGGUGGAGUAAAUGUGGCGGGCAACAAUUGUGGCGACGAUGUUGUCAAUGUUAAUGUUCGCAGCUCCGUAGAGGGAACAUCUUCGGAUGAUGGUCCAGAUUCCCACCACACCACUGUUACCCAUACUACUGAAAAGCCACCUGCACAGCAAGAUGAAUCCCAGAAUCCCCGCCAGCAAUCGAUGACAACUAAGAAGCCCAAACUAAGCAAAUUGGGUUCGAACAAAACAGUCGGACUAAAAAGAGUGUCGUUUGGUUCCUCCAAAGGCUCCAUGGUUGAGACAUUGGUGUUUGAGACACCAACGCCAUUGUCUGAACAUGUGGAGCCAAGCUUUGGAUUUGGAUCAGAAGGAGACUAUAAAGCAAACAUGGAUGACAGUGGCAUAGAGGUUCAAGAAGAGUCGGAACGUUCUAUCGUGCGAGUGUCAAUUUAUCAAAGUAGUAAACCACAACAAAUUUGCCCUCCCGAUUAUUUUUCGAAAUUCGAAGAUAAUUUAGAUAAUUCUUUAAGUAACUAUAAUUGUAAUUUAGACGACAUAAUGACGACAGCAUCGCCAAUUCCCGGUUAUGACAGACAGCAGAGUACUGAUUCUGGCUGGGAUAAUCCAUUUCGCCCUGGUGGCGAUUUAUCCAGAGAGGCUGAUGAAAUUGUUAAAAUGAUUAGUGGAGGUAAACCUAUAACACCCACAGAAGAUCAUGCGAUAGGUAAUGGCAAGUCACAGAGUAAUGGUACUAGCAAUGGAACAGUAGUUACCGAAGAUAUAACAAAAUCCAAUGUAUCGCAAAAUCAGUCCGCACAAAAUGGUACAAAUGGUUCUCAUAGGGUGCAGCCAGCUGCAACAACAGCAACUGGAGGGGGAGCAGCAAAGCCAUCGGAAAAUAAUGGCGUUACAUCUCUAGCUCAAGUCUCAAAGCAAGUGGUACCUGGACCUACGUCGGCUAGUCAUGUUGUCAUAGAUGAAAAGAAAAACAAGAAAAAGGGCUGUUGUAUUAUCCAAUGAACCAAUGCAACACUUCGCAGACAAAACUUUACAAUGCUGUUGAUAGUGAUGGGGAUGAAAAAGCGACCGGAUGAUAUGCAUGAGUUUGACAUCGUUGAAGUCGACAAAGAUGCAUCUCUUAGCAUGCCUAUUUGUUUAUGUAUAGAAAACAAAACUUUAUUAUAUUAUAUUCCUAAUAUAUUUUUUACUAAGCAUAUUUAUUAUUUAUAUAUUAUAUAUACUAUAUUUUGCGAGAACGUCAACGGCGAUAGCCAAUUCAAUGAGAAUGACAACAAUGUGUAACCGAUGUAGUAGUGUAAAGAAACAAAACAGCCAAUCAAUCAGUAACAUCAGCAAACUAGUACGGAGUCAUGCUGAAACCCAAGUCGAUUUGAACCGAUGCUGAAUUAUAUACACAUAAGCUAAUGAUGACAGACCGACAGACGGACAGACAGAUACGUACGUUCCAGACAUGCAUCAAUGUGCGUAUUAACGAGCAAGUGCUUUGUACGAAUCGAUUAAAAUGAAUGUUUUCAAUGAUAUUUUUUGUUAGCCACCCCCUUUGCAAAUUUCCAAAACAAUGACUUUAUCACUCCUGUUGUGUAAUUUUUUUAUAUAUAGACAACUUAAAAUAGGAAUGGAUCGGUCUCUAUGUACACACAUACGAAAUAACACUGUGUUAGUAGUUUUUUUUUCUAUUGUUUUAUAAAUAUAUACUCGUAUUUAUAUUAAAAUAUUUUUAAAGAAUACUUUCCUUUAUUUCACGUCUCGUCUUUCAACUGUUUGUUCGUUCAUUCCUCUGGACGUCCAUAAAAAACAGCAGUAGCAAAAUAUUCAAGAAAAAUCGCAUUUAAAAGCCAACAGUAACAGACAGUAACAAAGGCCUGCACUCAAAAUACGUAUGAGUAUAUGUGCUUCUAACACUUAUAAGCAACCCGAAAUCGGAUAUAUCCGCCAACACAACAUGAUUGCAUGUACUUGACUAAGCGCAUAGAGGCAAGCAGGAUAUUAACUCCUUGAGUCAGUGAUCAUUUCCACACCCAAAACAAGCCACCAACAAUCAAAAUAUCGACAGCAAACAUACAAAAAAUCGGCUGUAUAUGAAUAUAAGUAUGUAUGCAAAAAGAACAUACAUGUUAGUAGAAACAUAAUGUAUUGCGUAGAAGCAAUACAUCGAGUGCGUAUAUUCAUAUUCGAAAUAUUGCAUAUUAAACAACAAAACAUAUAGUACAUUUAUAUAACCACCAUUACCACAGCCACCAUCACCACUAUCACCAUCACCAUCUGCCCAGCAUGUGGCACAGGCCCACAUGACACGCUGCAUUUAUUUCGCUGCCCAGCCAAGCCUACUCACCUAACUCCAGUCUCGUUAUGGACUCAACCCAUACAGGUUGCAUCCUUUUUGAGACUGGACUUAGAGGCAGAACCGGAUUGAAUUGAGUUAGAAAAUGGAAACCAAACGAACACAUAUGUAUGAGCUGCUACAACAACAACAACAACUAUCACCACCCAACCAUACAUAUUUAUACACAAACUGUAUGUAUGUUUAUGACGAGCACAAGCAGACAAGCCAGCAAAAAAGCUACAGCAUAUUAUAAACCAAGAGAAAUGUAACAAAACAAAAAAUCCAAUAUUUAAUAUUGUAAAUUUCAAAAUUUAUGUUAAGUUAUGUAUGAAAAAUCUUGAAUAAUAAAAAGAAAACAGAACUCAUAAAACUACUAGAUAAAACACAAA